GAGCAGCGGCCCCCGGGCAGCAGAGAUCACAGGCAGCAUAGAGAGAGACAGACGACAGAGAGAGGGAGACAACAGAGAGAGAGACAACAGAGAGAGGGAGACAGAGGAGGAGACCGGAGCACCGAGCACCGCGGACAGGCGCUGGAUCCACAGCAAUACAUCGGGGAGACACGGAGGAAACACUCAUCCACACAAAAACAGACAGGCAGAGGAAACUAAUCCGGACGGAGCAUCCUCCACCCCACCGACAGGUGAGAGUGCACUGCACCUCCGUCUGCCGCUGUCCGACGUGCUGAACUCUUUUCCAGACUUGUUUGGCUGUAGAGAUGGGUGUCACCUCCCGCACUCUGCUAUUGGUGUGGGCGUUUUUGGCGGCUGCGCUGAUUGGUGGAGCUCGCUCGGAGGGGGUGUGUCUUCAGGAUGGCAAGCACAAGGCCACGCCCGGCCCCGAGCCACACCUGAGGGAGUGCUCUCUGUAUGCAGACAAUAGCUGCUGCACAGAGGAAGACAUCCAGGAUAUCGCUCACGUUCCCUCUGCUAUCAAUAAGAAUGAUCCAUGGGACAAGUGUGGGCCUCUGAGCUCUGAGUGUGAAGGCUUCCUGAAGCGUGUGUCGUGUUUUUACCGCUGCUCCCCCGAUGCUGCGCGCUGGCCUCAUCCCCAUCGCCGCUCAUACAUCCAGGCUGUGCCGCUCUGCCACAGCUUCUGCCGUGAUUGGUUUGAUGCCUGCAGGAUGGACAUGACGUGUGCUCGUAACUGGGCCAGAGACCCCAGGGGACAGAACUGCACUGGAACCUGCGUUCAGUAUCAGCAGAUGUACCAGCACGGCAGGGAUCUGUGCGAGAGCCUGUGGGGGGACGCCUUCAUGACGGUGGAGGAUGAGCCGGAGGAGGUGGGAGAGGCGGGAGAGGUCGGGGCGGAGGGUGAAGGCGGUCGCCCCUGCGGCUGCCUGACCCUCAGUCCCUCGGACAAGGACGUGAUCGCCGCCCUCAGGGCUCAGCAGGACGACCCGGAGGAGCUGGACACCACCAAGGCUGGCCUGCCCCAGUACCGAGCCCCUUGCCAGACCAAGCUGCCCCUGCAGGCCAGGAGCGGCAGGAAGGGCAACUCAGUGCUGCGUAAACGCUCCGUCAUGGUGGACGACGUGGAGGGGAGCGGCAGCGGCUUGUAGAGAGGAGUGAUAGACGGCGAUGUGUUUAGAGAUAAUUGUCUAGAUCCUAAUAUACAGAAUCUCUUGAAAUGGAGUUGUAACCUUGCUCCUGUAACUAACCUUACCACACAGCUCUCAUUAUCAUUAUCAACACGUUCUACAUAUAACCUCUAUGGUUCUGAAUAACACUGCUGGUAUAAGAUAGACUGACAAGCUUGUAACACGUCCAAACGCCUGGUCGGUUAUUUGAACAACCUAAAACAGACAGAAUUUUACAAUAUAUGUAUUAUUAAAGAUGCCACAACUGAAUCGUACAAUCAAUCAAAUUCUGCAAGGGCUCUGACUUCAACAAUAAAUAUGCUGAUGAUAUCCCAUAAUGCCAGAUAACAAGGAGAUUUAUCAAAGUCAGGUAUUUCAUUUGCUCUGUAUGGCUCAGUAAAACCAAUCACUGACAUUAAGAGUCUUGCACAUGGGCAAUGUGAAAUCCUACAGUGUUAACACUUGUGCGUGAAUCAGACAUGCCACCAUUAACCAGAGGACUUUUUCAUGACGGUGUUGUAAACAUGAUGUACCAGCGCUACAUUUCCCUGCUACUCUUUUCAAUCAUCUAGGUGACUUUAGCCUGUGCUUUAGUGAAUUUGUAAACGCAGAUCUUUCUGUUGUGAUGCCGUGUUGUGCAGUCUACACAUCAUGAUGUAUGUGAUAGUGGAGAGAGUCGGGUAGGCUGAUGAUGAUGAUGAAUGUAACUUAGGCUUUCCUAACGGAGACUAGCCUACAGGCCUGAACGUGAGGGAUCUGGAGAGGUAUGCUUCAUACCUGAGGGGAGGUUUAACAUUCAGGAACAAAACCUGUCUGCCAGGGUGAAUCCGCAGAAGCAGCAGUCGUAUUGUCAGUGGUUGUUCUGGUAGUUCGAUCACGUAUAUCAUCAAUGUACCGUGGGUGUUUCUUUUAUAAUGAUGUCGUGCACUUCUAGUGAAGCACCUUUAGAUGUGAAUGUUUUGUAAAAAAAUAAGAAAAAAAGACGGGGAAACUGAUUGGAGGUUGAUGGUGAGCUUGUUGAAAUGGGUGUUUCUGUGCUUUACGUUCUCAAUAAAGACAACAUUUGUA